UACGCAGACAGGCAGCCCACCACGUCGACUGCAGAGGACGCCCUCCAGAGCAGACUCCGAGCGAAGGCAGCUAUGUCUGAAUGCGUUGCGACGCAUUUGGCUGUUUGAAGAAGAUGACGACCGCCGCUCAGUAGCUGCGAUGGACAGCGAUAAGGAGAGAACAGAUGGUGCAGAAGAGGAAGACGACGACAAAAAGCAGAAGAGCGCGGAGGCAGGGACGCCAUCUGCCUGUGGAGCGGCUGUCCGCAAGGAAGACGCUGUAGCGGUCAAGAAAGAAUCCUCCGCGAAGGAACAGAAACCGGGCGGUGGUCGAGCGCCACCUCCGGUUCGGCUGCGGGCGAGCGCCCAGAAGCCCAAGGACCUGCCGCUGAAAGAGGCAGCGCCGACGCCGUCCGCCGAGCGUGGCGGAGAGCAGGUGGAGAAGACCAAAGCGAGCAGGCCGACACAGAGGGAUCCAGCGAAGACGGUGAUGAAGCCGGGGAGGAGCACGGAGCAGAGCGACACGCGUGCAGCGUCCAAGUCGCCGUGCAGGAAGAGAGAGACUUCACCCAGGUUGACCACUAGGAAGGAGCCGUCGCCGAAGAGGGUCACGGCCGAGCCAAAGUCUCCCCUCUCGCAGAGGCGGGCAGAAGCGAAUGCGAGGCACGGGGCUUGUCAGGAAGCUGCCUCCGGGAGGGAUGAAGGGCGCUGCGCCAGGUCGCCACGCGACGACAAAGCCAGCACGCCAUCUCCUGGUGGCUCGCCCAAGAGACUCCAGCAGACAUCUGGUUCGAAGAGAACGAGCGGAGCCGGCCCUGAUGCCAGACGCUCGGAGGAACAGCUGAAAGUGUCGCCUCAGCGGAAAGCCAGGUCUCCAACAGAGAUGAAAACUGCGAGCCCGUCUUCCCGGGGCUCUCCCGGCACGAAAAAAAAGAUCACGUCGCCGAGACAGGGAGAAACCUCUCCAAAGCGAGUGCCAAAGUCGAAGACCAGUUCAUAUCGUCAGAAGGACAGAGAAUCAUCGGAGAGCCUCCAAGAGGAGCAUGUUAAGGAAGCCGUGCCUAAAACCAAGUGUAGACCACCCGAAGAUGUCGGCGCUCCUAAGAUCUCAGAAGAUGCUUCUGAUUACAGCAAACAGGAAGCAAAGACGACCGAUUCUGGAGGGAGUUCCGAAGCGGGUAAAUCAGAGGAUCACAGUUCUAAACCAAUAGUACGUCAGACAAUGUUUACAGCAGAACAUCGACAUGAUCAACCAAUGCUACAAACGAACGGAAAUGGCAAUGUACCACUUGCUAGAGAAAGUACUGCAAGACCGCAGUUCGAGAGAGAGCCACAACAUAUCAGCGAGACAAACCAGCAACAAAAGGAUGAUGGAAAUACUGCAAAAACGACAGAAACUAAAGAGACUCCGAAGGUGAACAGCGUUCCGGAGCAUAGUCCAAGCUUUCAUGAGCAGAGUCACCCAGAAUAUGGCAAGAAGACACAAAACAUGGCCGAGACGUCUCUCUCCGAAAUAAAACUAUCUUCCGAUAAAGGCCCAGCAUCUAGCUGUGUUAGUGGCGAGAUAGGAGGCAACGCUUCUGCUGGAGAAACUGAAUUGUCUACAAAAGAAGCACUCACUUUGCGAAAUAACGCGAUACAGACAUAUUUCAGUGAUCCACAGAAUCAGUCAGAUAAACUACAAAGUGUUACAGGAGCCUCUCAUUCAGACGAUGCCAAAGAAGAUGUAACCGAAGAGGAGUGUAACACCAGCGAACUGUUGACCUUGGAGAGGAAGAAAAAGGAUGAGAAGAACAGCACGAUUAAAGGAUUACCUGAGGCACGAAAUGCUAAUCAGCCAGAAAAUAUGCACAAACCGACAGUCACUAGCGGCCUGAGGAGAUCCGAGAGCGAAAAAUGUCCGUCUGAGAAGAAAAAGAGAGUACACUCCGACAGCAGUGUGCGAAACAAGAGAGACAAAUCUGCAGGCAGAAUAUUUGAAGAAACAGAGGAAAAGAGGAAGACCAAGAACAAAUCUGAAAAAACACAGGAGGACAAAUUUCAUGUCGACUCGCUCCACGAAAAACUCUUGCAAGGAGAAGGAACUAUAAGGAAAAUAGCAAAAGUGGACACGAUGAAGAGUGACAUAAAUUUGUCCUCUCCCACUCGGAAGACGUUAAGAACAAAGAUACCAGAUGGGUACCAGGAACUGGUUAAUAAAGAGAAAGUAAGAGAUGAGAAACUUCAGAGACUGGAGAAUCGCAAUGUUUUUCCCGACAAUGACGCGAAAUGCUUCAGUAAGCUUACAAACAAACAUCUAAAGAAUGUGAACGGAGCGAAUAUUACGUUAACGUCUUCUCCUCAAAAUAAAUACUCCACAACCGAUGAACCUCGAAUUAAUCAUUUAAAUGGCCAAGAACAGCCACAGAAAUUUGAUACACAUGGACAAGCUCAGAUUUCAAGGGCUAAGGAAGCACAGGUGGAAGAUGAAUCUUCUGGAUGUGGGGGACUUCAAGGGAGAAAAUGUCCAGUUUAUUUUGGUGUCAAAAGCUAUCUGCAUCAGUUCUAUGACUCAGAUCCGUCAGGACUACAAUCAUACGAAGCUUACUUAGAGGAUGAAGAUGAUUUCGAAUAUAUGGUGGAUCCCGCUAAGAGAAGGAAAUCCUGUUGCUCCCAAGGUCUUUGGUUUCGCGCUGGUAUUUGGGGAGGCGCCAACUUACUCUUAAUUGGCAUGAUUGCCAUGCUGGUGGGCCACCUGACACCACCUCGUCAGGUUGUGCUGGAGACAGGCUACGACCUGGAAGUACUUGAUCGCACCGCUAUCGCGUUCAACCACCGUCUAGAGCUCUGCCGUUUGGUUGGUCUGGGCGUGUUUUGCUGCGGUGGGAUGGUUCUUCUGAUAACAUUACUUGUGUCUACAAUCAAACACGCCCAGAGAGAACCAACAAUUCCCGCUGCUCCUCUUGUUGAGCCUUUUGAGGCCUCUCCUUCAGCUACAAAGAUACCUAUCACAGAGAGAAUCAAGCCUGUACAACCCAGUAUCUGGCCACAGUCAGCUACUGUGCGAGAUGGAAGCCUUGUAGUGCAGAUGCCUUAAUCUUAGAGUUUAUAUUUUACAUAGUUCGUUAUUUAUUUCGUCAGACACAAGUGCACAAAUUCUUUUGAAGUAUGGCAUGGUGUACACAGUAUGGAAAUACUAGAAAAUCGGUAAGUAAAUGAGUUUUAACAAUAGUAAUGAAUUAUAUGUUUGCAUUCAAUGGCAGUGUAGUUAUUAAUAAUCCACUCUUUUUUAUACUUGAAACUGAAACAUGGUCAUGGCACUGCAUUCAAUUCUGAGAGAAAAAAUGGGUUAACUGCUAAAGUGGAUAGUAUUUAAGUACUUACAAAAAGGUAAUACAAUGCGUUGCAAUGAACAACAAAAGUGUCAGCUCGUGGAACGAAAAUUCAUUCCCCUUUGUGAACACUCAAUUCGCUACAAUAAAAAAUAUUAACUGAUGUUACAUAAAUUGUCUAACAGAUGAUUAAUGUGAUCGAUAUUUUAGUUUGGUUUCAACAAUGUUCAUCAUGAAAAAAAUUGCUUCAUUUGAAUAAAAAUAGUAAUUUUCUUCCAAAAAACGGGUAAUUUUUCUAACAGGGGCCAAAUGGAAAAGUUGUCUUUAUGCUGAAUAUAUUAACUAUUUGCAACUUUAGACACAAGUCUAUGUUGUAGCUAUCGUACAUGAAGUUGAGGCAAACUAAGAUAAAAAUGGUUCCUUAGUUUUUUUGCAGUACAGUAAGUAAAGAAAAGAUUCAAAAGUUUCUAUCUGGCAACAACUUGUAUACAUGUGGAUAACUUUAAAUGUAUCCUAUCUGACUGAACACAGGGUUUAAAUAUACAUAUUAAAUUAUGACAAAAAGCUGAUCUCUGAGAAGCCUACUGGAAUAUCCAUACAGCCUUCUCCACAUCAUGACAUAUGACAAAGGCUGAACCACUAACAAUAUGCUUUAAUUUAAACUAGAACAGUGGAUCUACAGCACAUCAGAUAAGUCACAGAACAAGGAAAAAUGUGAACAUAAGCUACUCUUAGAUUUGAAGUACUGUUUAGUAUUUGAUCACAAUUUAAUAAAAGUCUUGCUGAACAUCUGGACCAUGAUUAUUAAUUCAAAACAAUUUCAAACUAACAGACUGUAAAAAUCACAAAUUGUACAAUGUAGAUAAAUAUAAUGUUACUGUGAAAUCAAAGUAAUGUCUAUAUGUAAUAUGAAAUGUGUAGAAACAUCUGUCUAUUAUUUAUAUUCACAACAAAAAUAAAAUGCAACGAAAUCACAAAAAAAUAAUAAUCCUAUGAAGUUGAUUUUUAAUCUGCUAAUAGUGAUAGAAACCAAUGAUCCUUAUAUUUUUGUAUGAAUUGGUAUAGGUACAGCAUACCUAAUUUGAUCAUCAUUUCAGCAAAGAACAGAGGAAGCAAAAUCCCAUUAUUUGAAAUCCCAAAUAUACUCACCCUCAACACACAAGUUCAAUAGAAUUCUUCCUUUUUUGUAUGAUAAUACACUCUGUUGAAUUUUUCAAAUAAUACUAAUUGGAAUCAGCAUAUUUUUCUUAUUUUUAAAAAGUAACAUAUUUCAUAACUUGGAAUAAUUGUAGUGCUGGUGCCCUAUUUACAAGUGAUGAAAUCUUCAUUAGUACUAAGUGAUGAUUUUAGUUACUCUCAUUAUGUGAGUCAGUAUCAGAGAAGUCUGACAGUACAACAGAUGCAGAAUAUUUCUUUUACACAUUUACUCUACACAAUUUUUGUACUGCAGUGUAAGUAAAAUUGUGGUAAUUACAGAAUAGCUAUCUAUAUGUGAACCAUAACUCCAAUAUAGUGAAAAUAUUGUGGGCAAAUAUUUAGACUGAAGAUUAUGUCAAACCUAAGUCAUCAGGUGUAUUCAUUACACACCUUCUCUCUUCUGUAGUGCAGAAGAGCCUGACUAUCUCGGUAUUUUAAUUAAUUAUUAUCUUAUACUCAAAUUUCUCAUGAUUGUAACACAAAUAAAAAUAUGUAUUAAAAUGAGUAAUAUGUGUAACAAAUUUCAAUGUCAACUUCACAGAAAUUCAAUAUAAAACAUAAUAUGCUGUUCUUCAAAUAAAAAAAACUGAAUAUAUUUUCUUCAACUUCUACUGAAGGCCAGAGAAUAGAUAAUCUUCAAUAAAUAGGUAAUCUACUAAUCUAUUUUCUCUCAAUGUUCAAUAUAAUAAUACUAAUGAUAUCAACAAUGUGGGAGUAAUUGUUUCCUUAAUCUGUCCAACUUGAAAACAUAGGCCUACAUGUCGAUACCAAUACUGUGUGUUUCACUAAGACAAUACAUGUUUGUUGUUGUUAAUAAAUCAACAUAUAUAUGUAUAUACAAAAAUCAUAAUGGAGCUAUUUUGAUGUGACUGAAUAUAACUGUAUUCAGUAAUAAAG